ACGCGCUCGAACAAAGGGCUCUCCGGGCCGGCGCCGCAGCUUGGGACGGGCUGCCGGCCCGUCGGGCUCUAGGCCGCGCCUCGGUCCCCGCGGCACCUGCUGCCAGAGGCCCGCGGCCAGCGCGGGCUCGUGAUGGGGCUCCUCUUCGCGAAGCUGUGGAGCCUCUUCUGUAACCAAGAACACAGAGUAAUCAUAGUGGGACUGGAUAACGCAGGGAAAACCACCAUUCUUUAUCAGUUCCUGAUGAAAGAAGUGGUUCACACCUCUCCCACCAUAGGAAGCAAUGUGGAGGAGAUCGUGGUGAAGAACACACAUUUCCUCAUGUGGGACAUCGGGGGCCAGGAGUCCCUGCGCGCCUCGUGGAACACCUACUACUCCAACACGGAGUUCAUCAUUCUUGUUGUUGACAGCAUUGACCGGGAACGACUAGCUAUUACAAAAGAAGAAUUAUACAGAAUGCUGGCUCAUGAGGAUUUACGGAAGGCUGCAGUCCUUAUCUUUGCAAAUAAACAGGAUAUGAAAGGCUGUAUGACAGCAGCUGAGAUCUCUAAAUACCUCACCCUUAGCUCCAUCAAGGACCACCCCUGGCACAUCCAGUCCUGCUGCGCCCUGACGGGAGAAGGGUUAUGCCAAGGUCUUGAGUGGAUGAGCUCCCGGAUUGGUGUGAGAUAACUGUUCCGCUCGAGAGAGACUGCUUUAUUUAUUCUGUGGACCUGGACACUCUCCCCGGCACCU